UAUGGAGAAUGAAUAUUAUCUAGAUGGAAAAAGGGACUUUAAGGACGAUUCGUACCCUUACGUUGAAAAAGUUAACAAUUUCUUUAGUGAUGUCUGCCAAGCCGAUAUUGAAGUUAAUGGUCUAUUAGAUUCCAUUAACAACUUAUCGUUAUCAUCCGAUCGUAGGGAAAAGUUAACCUUACCUCAUAAUUUAUGCAAUAUUACAACCGAGUCAAGGGCUCCAAUACCUACAGAGUUUGCUCAUAAGCAUGUAUCGACUGAAGUAAUUAAUGAAGUAUAUGAAAAAUUUUACAAGAUGGAUAUAAUGUAUAAAAGGCUCCAUAGGAAAGUCGAAGAGUUUAUCCGUUUAACCCUACCACAGUAUCUACAGCAUCAAAUUGAAAAUUCGUUAAAACCUUUAGAACAAGAAAAUUUACGUUUAAAAACUGAAUUGUUAAGACAUUUAAAACCAGAAGUUAAAUCACAGUUUACUCAAACUAACACUGAAAGUACCCAAAUUUUAUCAAAGACUAAUAUAAAGAAUCAAUUAAAUGAAGAUGAAGAGUAUUUUAGAGAAUUUCCAACUUUUCUACUACAAGAACCAACACGAACCCGUUUCUUUGGAAAUUUUAAGAAAGUUAAAUCUACUUUUAAGUUAACAAACGAAAGCUAA